AUGAAUAUGUUCCCCUUUUCUUUUAUCGCAUUCCUGGUUUUCGAAAGGAAUCAUCCAAUUACACACAUUGAACAUCUUUCCAAUGAACUGUUCUUGGAAAUAUUCGAUUAUUUGGAAGGAUGUGAUAUUCAUCAUUCAUUUUUCCAUUUAAAUUCUCGUUUUCAACAACUUCUCACUUGUCCUACACUUUUAUACAAAAUUCAACUUCCUACCAACAUAAUCUCGAACAUCGAGCUGUGUUACAAAACAUUUGUUAUUCCACAUCAACAUCACAUUCUCUCUCUUCGUAUCGAAAACCUCACUCUCAUCAACAACUUCAUCAAAUACUGUAUUCCAAAUUCAUCAUUCGAUAGUCUUCAGUCAAUCACGCUCGGUGAACUUCUUGUCGAACGAAUUCCAGUUAUUCUUUCGUUCUUGAAAUCUUUGCCCAAUCUCUUGUCAUUAACUAUCCGAUGUGGUAGACGCUGGUACAUAUACUUCCAUGAUCUUUAUCGAACGAUUUUCUCCCUACCAAGAUUGAGAUCUUAUGAGAUAUCGUUGUGCAAAUACCGAUGGAAUUAUGAUCCCGACUACGACACAAAGAUUUCUCUAUCAAUCGUUGAAGAUGAACGAGUUAGCACAGUCGAAUAUCUCGUCAUCAGAUAUGCCUGUAGUCUUGAUGAACUGAUUUCUAUCCUUCGUCAUACGCCUCGAUUGCGUCAUCUAACUUGUGAAUCUUUAUCUCAAUGUUAUACGAUUCUCUUCAGUGAACAAAUUCCUACACUAAUUCAUUUGGAAUCGAUGCGAAUUAACAAUUGCUCUGUAAGCUUCGAUGAUUUCGAAAUGUUUUUGAAGAAAACUUCUCCUCAAUUGCGUAAAUUAAUUGUUAGACACAAUGUUGUUGAAGCUUCUCCAAACGAUGAUCGAUGGAAAACGUUGAUUAAGACUGUUCUUCUGCAUUUACGUACAUUCAGCUUCAACGAACUUGUUUAUAGUGCACGUUCUACCGCUAUGUAA